CGUCAGCUGCCCGGAACACUGCUCUUAUCUCAUGUGGGGGAGGGAGGGGGGCACCUCGGCCGAGGGUGCAUCCGGACCCAGUGGCCAGCGCACUUACAGAGCGAGGCGGGACGGCACAGCCGGGGGUGACGCCGGACGCUGUGCGCUGAGCUCGCCGGUCGCUCGUGUGGCGGACCUCGGGUCAGAUUAGACUGGUGACCUUGACCCGAGGAGAGGUCAUCUAGUGGGUCAGAAUGUGGCUGGAGCUACUGGCGGUGGUAGCUGCUGCUUCGGCAGCGCCCAGACAGUCCACUUGCGGAUACGAGGCCUGUCCUGCCGUGAAGCCGGGUAUGCUGAACGUCCAUCUGGUUCCACACACCCAUGACGAUGUCGGGUGGCUGAAGACUGUCGACCAGUACUUCUAUGGAGCCAAGAACGACAUCCAGCGAGCGGGAGUGCAGUACAUUUUGGACUCGGUGGUGGAUGAACUGGUCAAGGACCCCGCACGACGCUUUAUCUACGUGGAGACGGCGUUCUUCUGGCGCUGGUACCGGGAGCAGGAUGAAGCCACGAAGGCCACCGUCCAGACCUUGGUCAACGAGGGGCGGCUGGAGUUCAUCGGGGGCGGCUGGAGUAUGAAUGACGAGGCGUGCGCACACUACAACGCCGUCAUCGACCAGAUGUCGCUGGGAAUGAGAACGCUGUAUGAUAAUUUCGGCACGUGCGGCAUCCCUCGGGUGGCCUGGCAGAUUGACCCCUUCGGACACACCAAAGAGCAGGUAAACCUGUUCGCCCAAAUGGGCUUUGACGGAUUGUUUUUCGCUCGUAUCGAUUACGACGAUCGAAAGAAGCGUAUUGAAGACAGAAACAUGGAGUUUGUUUGGCAGGCUUCGCAUGAUCAGGGCUCUGAUGGUAACCUGUUCACUGGGGUUCUGUACAAGCACUAUUCGCCGCCUCCGGGUCACUGUUAUGACGUCAAUUGUAACGAUCAGCCAAUCAUGGACGACAGCCGACUCAAGGAUUACAACGUCAACGACAAGGUGGCCGAUUUCAUCGAGUUCUCCAAGAACAAGUCGAAGGCAUACAGAAGCAGUCACAUCAUGAUGACGAUGGGGGAUGACUUCAACUACCAGGCCGCUCACAUGUGGUUCAAGAAUCUCGACAAACUAAUCAAGUACGUGAACGCUCGCCAGGCGGAGGGUGAGACGGUGAACCUGCUGUAUUCGACGCCCUCCUGCUACCUGAAGGCGCUCCACGACAGCGGCCUCACCUGGCCCUCCUACCAGGACGACUUCGUGCCCUACGCCAGCGACCCCUGGGCCUACUGGACCGGCUACUUUACCUCCCGGGCCGCGCAGAAGGGCUACAUCCGCAAGUCCAACAACGUUCUUCAGGUCUGCAAGCAGCUGACGGCGCUGUUCCAGACGGAGGACAUGACCAGUCACCCGAACAGGGUGGACAUCCUCCGGAAUGCCAUGGCCAUCAACCAGCACCACGACGCUGUCACAGGGACGGAGAAGCAGCCGGUGGCGGACGAUUAUGUAAUGCGUCUGAGUGAGGGAACAGAGUCCUGUCAGCAGGCCGUCAACGACGCCUUCAGCCUUGCCGGUCUGCCGAAGCAGAGUUUCUGCAAUCAGCUGAACACGUCGUCGUGUGACGUCACUGAGGGUCACGAUCAGUUCGUGGUGACCGUGUAUAACCCGCUGCCGAGGGCUGUCGGACACUGGGUCCGGGUGCCCGUGACGGGACUGUCGGCCACCGUCGCUGACGGAGACGGCACUGUGGUGGAGAGUCAGCUGAGCCCCAUUCCUGAGGAGGUGCUCAGGCUGCCGGGUCGCACCUCGACCGCCACCUAUGAGCUGGUGUUCAGGGCUGACGACCUGCCCCCGCUGGGAUUCAGGUCGUAUUUCGUUAGCGUGUCCGCAUCCAUUGCUGUCUCGCAACACAUGCACAAGGCCCCCCGGCAGGCACCACUCUCGAAUGGUCACGUGACUCUCGACCUUGACCCGGCGUCGGGUCGGCUGGCUCGUAUUAGGACGGACAGCGCCGAUGUCGCAGUGAAUCAGACAUUUAUGUGGUACCACGGGUACGGGAGCGACAAAAACGACCCCUGGGAGCCCCAGCAUAGACCCACUGGCGCCUACGUCUUCAACCCGGUGGCAGACGCCAUCCCAAUCCAGCCCAAAGACGUGGUGAUUCUGGAAGGACCUCUGGUGAAGGAGAUCCGACACUCCUUCGCCGAGACGUGGGUGUCUCAGGUCACCCGACUGUACACCGGAGAGCCGUACGCCGAAAUCGAGUGGCAGGUCGGACCGAUACCGACAGAGGACGGCGUGGCGAAGGAGGUCAUCAGUCGGUUCACCAGUGACAUCAGCUCUAAUGAUUUGUUCUACACCGACUCCAACGGUCGGCAAAUGAUGGAACGUCAGCGGGACAGGCGCUCGUCGUGGCCUCUGAAUGUGACGGAGCCCGUGUCCGGUAACUACUACCCUGUGAACUCACGGAUCUACAUCAGGGAUGCAGCCAGUCAGCUGACCGUGCUCUCGGACCGAUCGCAGGGAGGCGCCAGUCUGGCCAGCGGACAGCUCGAGCUCAUGCUCCACCGUCGCACCGUGCAGGACGACGGGUUCGGCGUGGGGGAGCCCCUGAACGAGACGGCGUAUGGUGCCGGUCUGGUGGUGCGCGGUCGGCACUGGGUGCUGCUCUCCGACCCUGCCGAGGGAGCCCGGCUGCACCGGGACCUGGCUCAGAGGGUGUUCAUGGCGCCGCAGCUCAGCUUCUCGGUGGCUGAGGAUACGACGGUGGAGGAGUGGCUCAGUGGGCCGGCACCCAAACAGUUCACUGGCCUAAACGCCCUACCUGUCAACGUCCAUCUGCUCACCUUGGAGACCUAUAAGACCGGACAGCUUCUGAUCCGGCUGGAGCACCAGUACGAGGCAGGGGAGGACCCGGAGCUCAGCCAGCCGGUCGAGGUCAACGUGCAGGAUCUGUUCACCACCCUGGAUAUUACUGCUGUGGAGGAAUACGGCCUCUCUGCUGAUCGGCCUCUGAUGGAGAUCAAUCGGUUUGACUGGAAUUAUAACACCACUGCCAGUCGUCAGGGAGGCAAACAAGAGGCGGGACAGCGCGACACUACCGCAGACUUGUUCAUGGUGACGCUGAACCCGAUGGAGAUACACACGUUCGUGGCCGACUUCCAGACGCUUUAAACUAUUUGUGUCACUUAUAAAACGUAUCCAGUAACUGAAUCAUACUAUUCAGUACUUCUAGUAAUUUCACUGACUCAAUCGGUCAUGUCAAAUGUUCAAGUGCUCUAAUAUACCUAGCCUGAACAAAAA